AUGGCGGGCAAGACCUUCCCCCCCGCCACGGCACGCCUCGUCGAUGCCAAUGGCGUUGAUACCGAGCCUCUCAUGUGCCUCGAGCUGCCCGAUGGCUCUGUCUACCAAGGUUACAGCUUUGGUGCCCAGAAGAGCAUCGCUGGAGAGCUCGUCUUCCAGACCGGCAUGGUGGGAUACCCAGAGUCGGUGACAGACCCUUCGUAUCGCGGUCAGAUCCUCGUUAUCACCUUUCCACUCGUCGGCAACUACGGUGUUCCUUCGAGGGAGACCAUGGACGAGCUCCUCGGCGACCUUCCCGCCCAUUUCGAGUCGUCUCAGAUUCACAUCGCCGGCCUCGUCGCCGCAUCCUACUCUGGCGAGGAUUACUCGCACUUCCUCGCCGAGUCCUCCCUCGGUACCUGGCUCAAGGAGCAGGGCGUCCCCGCUAUCUACGGCAUCGAUACCAGGGCCCUCACGAAGCGCCUCCGUUCCGAGGGCAGCACGCUCGGCCGCCUGCUGCUUGAGACCAAGCAGACCCUCACCAACGGCACAGCGAACGGUCUCACGUCUCAUGCCUCGUCUCCCAAGUACGAGACGAUUGAGUGGUCUAACCCCAAUGAAAAGAACCUCGUGGCCGAGGUAUCCAUCAAGACCCCCAAGCUUUACAAGCCCCCUGCCAGCGUCACGCUGAAGAAGCACUCCUCGGGCCGCACCAUCCGAGUUCUUUGCGUCGAUGUUGGUAUGAAGUACAACCAGCUGCGAUGCUUCCUCAAGCGUGGCGUCGAGGUCCUUGUCUGCCCCUGGGACCACGACAUCGUCGCUGCUGCUGACCAAUACGAUGGUCUCUUCAUCUCCAACGGACCUGGUGACCCUGCCAUGCUUGAUGUCACCAUCAAGAACAUCGCGGCUGCUUUGCAACAGAACAAGACGCCCGUCUUUGGUAUUUGUUUGGGACAUCAGCUUCUGGCUCGUGCCUCCGGUGCGAGCACCACCAAGAUGAAGUUCGGCAACCGUGGUCCCAACUUUCCCUGCACCCAGCAUGAUCACUGGAAAGUGCCACAUCCCUUCGGAGAACCCCGGCUACGCCGUCGAUGCUGGCUCUUUGACGGAGGGUUCCACCCGGAGAGCACUCCCGGUCCCUGCGACACAGAGUAUCUCUUCGAUGUCUUCAUCCAGGCCAUCACCGACUGCGCCACUGAUGCCAGCCUUCUCAACUCCCCUGUCAGCUUCCCUGGCGGCACUAUUGAGGAGAACGAGCGCCUGCACCCUCGCGUCCACCCUCGCAAGGUCCUUGUCCUCGGAAGCGGUGGCCUCAGCAUUGGCCAGGCCGGCGAAUUCGACUAUUCUGGUAGUCAAGCCAUCAAGGCUCUUAAGGAGGAAGGCAUCUACACGGUGCUUAUCAACCCGAACAUCGCGACCAUUCAGACCUCCAAGGGUCUCGCUGAUAAGGUCUAUUUCCUACCUGUCAACGCCGAGUUUGUGCGAAAGGUUAUCCAGUAUGAGCAUCCCGAUGCCAUCUACGUCACCUUCGGUGGCCAGACUGCUCUGUCGGUUGGUAUUCAGCUGAAGGAUGAGUUCGAGGCCCUCGGUGUCAAGGUUCUCGGUACUCCCAUUGAUACCAUCAUCACUACCGAGGACCGUGAACUCUUCGCGCGCAGCAUGGACUCCAUUGGUGAGAAGUGUGCCAAGUCCGCUUCUGCCUGCACCGUUGACGAGGCCAUGGUUGCUGUCAAGGGCAUUGGCUUCCCCGUCAUCGUCCGUGCCGCGUACGCUCUCGGCGGCCUUGGAAGUGGUUUCGCCAACAACGAGGCUGAGCUGCUCGACCUUUGCAACAAGGCCUUUGCUGCCAGUCCUCAAGUCCUCAUUGAGCGCAGUAUGAAGGGCUGGAAGGAGAUUGAGUACGAAGUCGUUCGUGACGCCCAAGACAACUGCAUCACUGUCUGUAACAUGGAGAACUUCGAUCCUCUUGGAAUCCACACUGGUGAUUCCAUCGUUGUCGCUCCUUCGCAGACUCUGUCUGACGAAGACUACAACAUGCUGCGAACAACGGCCGUCAACGUUAUCCGUCACCUCGGUGUUGUCGGAGAGUGCAACAUUCAGUAUGCGCUGAACCCCUUUUCAAGGGAAUACUGCAUCAUCGAGGUCAACGCAAGGUUGUCCAGGUCUUCUGCCCUUGCGUCCAAGGCAACUGGUUACCCGCUUGCCUUCAUUGCUGCUAAGCUUGGUCUCGGUAUUCCCCUCAAGGACAUUGCCAACAGCGUCACAAAGUCCACUUGUGCCUGCUUUGAGCCUUCGCUCGAUUAUGUUGUCGUCAAGAUGCCUCGUUGGGAUCUGAAGAAGUUCACCCGUGUCUCUACUCAGCUCGGCUCCUCUAUGAAGAGUGUUGGUGAAGUCAUGAGCAUUGGCAGGACCUUCGAGGAGGCCAUUCAAAAGGCUAUUCGUGCCAUCGACUUCCACAACUUGGGCUUCGGCGCCACCAAGGCUCUGAUGUCCCUCGAUGACGAGCUCCAGACCCCGUCCGAUCAGCGUCUGUUUGCCAUUGCCAAUGCCAUGCACGCUGGCUACUCCGUCGAGAAGAUCUGGGAGUUGACCAAGAUUGAUAAGUGGUUCCUCAACAAGCUCAUGGGGCUCAACAACUUUGCCAAGGAAAUGGGCGGCUUCAACAUGGCCCAGAUCACUCAGCGCCCCGACCUGCUCCUUCAGGCCAAGAGGCUCGGCUUCUCUGAUCAGCAGCUUGCUGACUUCUGGAGCACCAACGAGAUUGGCGUCCGCAGGAUGCGUGAGGAAGGUGGCAUCAUGCCCUUCGUCAAGCAGAUCGAUACGGUAGCGGCCGAGUUCCCUGCCCACACCAACUACCUUUACCUCACAUACAACGCCUCCGAGAGCGAUGUCUCUUUUGACGACCACGGCAUCAUGGUCCUUGGUUCUGGUGUGUACCGUAUCGGCUCAUCAGUCGAGUUCGAUUGGUGCUCCGUUCGUGCCAUUCGCACUCUCCGCCAGACUGGCCACAAGACUAUCAUGGUCAAUUACAACCCGGAGACGGUUUCGACUGAUUAUGACGAGGCCGACAAGCUCUACUUUGAGAACAUCAACCUCGAGACGGUGUGUGACAUCUACGCUCUGGAGAAUGCAGGUGGUGUUCUCGGAGCCAUGGGUGGGCAGACGCCCAACAACAUCGCACUGCCGCUCUACCGUGCUGGCAUUAAGGUUCUCGGUACCUCACCUGAAAUGAUCGACAUGGCCGAGAACCGUUACAAGUUCUCUCGUAUGCUGGAUUCGAUCGGCGUGGAUCAGCCCGCGUGGAAGGAGAACAGCAGUCUCGAGGAUGCCAAGAAGUUCUGUAACAGCAUAUCGUACCCCGUGCUUGUACGUCCUUCGUACGUGCUCUCUGGAGCUGCCAUGAACACGGUCUACUCUGAGCGUGACUUGGAGAACUACCUCGAGCAGGCUGUCGCUGUUUCUCGCGAGUACCCUGUCGUCAUCACCAAGUACAUUGAGAACGCCAAGGAGAUCGAGAUGGAUGCAGUUGCCAAGGACGGCGUCGUUGUUGGUCAUUUCAUCUCCGAGCACGUUGAGAAUGCCGGUGUGCACUCGGGUGACGCUACCCUCAUCUUGCCUCCUCAGGACCUGGAGCGCGAGACAAUUGAGCGAAUUGAGGAGGCUACCCGCAAGAUUGGCGCCGCUCUCAACGUGACGGGCCCCUUCAACAUUCAGUUCAUUGCCAAGGACAAUGACAUCAAGGUCAUUGAGUGCAACGUUCGUGCCUCGCGUUCGUUCCCCUUCGUCUCUAAGGUUAUGGGUGUUGACCUCAUCGAGAUGGCGACCAAGGCCAUCACUGGUCAGCCCUUCACCGAGUACCCUCCCACCACUCUCGCCCAGAACUGCGUCGGUGUGAAGGUGCCCCAGUUCAGCUUCUCUCGCCUCUCUGGUGCCGAUCCUGUUCUGGGUGUCGAGAUGGCUUCUACUGGUGAAGUCGCCUGCUUCGGUGUUGACAAGUAUGAGGCUUACCUCAAGGCCCUCAUGUCCACCGGCUUCAAAAUCCCCAAGGCCAACAUUCUGCUGUCCAUGGGCUCCUACAAGGACAAGAAGGAGAUGUUGCCUUCUGUGGAAAAGCUUCAGAAGCUUGGCUACAAGCUGUUUGCCACGGCCGGAACUGCCGAUUUCCUCCAGGAGCACAACAUUCCAGUGCAGUACCUCGAGGCUCUCGGUGACGAGGAGGGAGAUCAGCGGUCCGAGUUCUCUCUGACCCAGCAUCUUGCCAAGAACACCAUCGACCUGUACAUUAACUUGCCUUCCAGCAACAAGUAUCGCCGCCCCGCCAACUACAUGAGCAAGGGGUACCAGACCAGACGUAUGGCCGUUGACUACCAGAUUCCUCUGGUCACCAAUGUCAAGAACGCCAAGAUCCUCGUCGAGGCCAUUGCUCGUCACUUCGAGCUCAACGUCGGCAAUCGUGACUUCCAGACCAGCCACCGCACCGUCUCUCUGCCUGGUCUGAUCAACGUCGCGGCUUUUGUGCCUGGCAUUGCCUCCUCCGGCACCAACGAUCUUCAGUCGGUCACGAAAGCCUCGCUCCUGGCCGGCUUCAGCAUGGUUCGCAUCAUGCCUGUCGGUGUCGAGGGUGCCGUGACGGACGCUCUCACCCUCAAGGUUGCGCAGAAGACCAGCCGUCGUGGUGGUUACUGCGACUACAACCUGUCAGUGUCAGCUACUUCGGACAACGCUGAUCAGAUUAGCCAGGUCGCUGGAGAGGUUGGAUCGCUUUUCAUCCCAUUCAACCAUCUGUCUGGCAACAUCAGCAAGGUCGCUGCCGUUGAGUCUCACUUUGACAGCUGGCCCGAGCACAAGCCCAUCGUCACCGAUGCCAAGCUGACAGACCUCGCCUCGAUUCUUCUGCUUGCGAGCCUGCACAACCGUCGCAUCCACGUCACCUCUGUGUCGACCAAGGAUGAUAUCAGGCUCAUUGCACUCAGCAAGAAGAAGGGUCUCAAGCUGACCUGCGACGUGUCCGUCUUCUCCCUCUAUCUCUCGCAGAAGGACUUCCCCGGCUGUGCUCUGUUGCCCACGGCUCAGGAUCAGGAUGCUCUGUGGGCUCAUCUCGAUACCAUUGAUGUCUUCUCCAUCGGCAGUCUUCCUUACCAACUGGCCACUUCUCUUGGUCACUCUGUCGAUGCCGCCGUCGGUAUCGCCGACGUCCUGCCCCUGCUGCUGACGUCAGUGACCGAGGGUCGCCUGACCAUCGACGACAUCAAGACUCGCCUCUACGACAACCCGAAGCAGAUCUUUGAGCUGCACGAGCAGGUUGGCUCUGGCGUUGAGGUUGAGAUUGACCGCUCCUACAAGGUGCCCUCAUCUGGUGCCUGGUCUCCUUUCGCGGGGCGCACCAUGCGCGGCUCUGUGCAGCGCGUCACCUUCUACGGAAAGACAGCCUGCCUUGACGGCAACCUGCUGCCUAGCGAGCCUCUGGGCCAGGACAUGUCGACUCACGGCGCUAUGCCCAUGUCCCCCCCUCUGAAGCCCACCGUACAGUCUCUCAACAAGGUCAUCGAGUCUCCCCACGACAGGCGUUCUUCCAUGUUUGCUGUGGGCCCCGCCAAGCUGCGAUCUACCGAUACGGCCAGCCAGCUGAAGAGUCUUGAAGAGCUCGGUUCCCCCAUGGUGCUGCAGCCUGCUCUCGGCUCCCAGCUCCAGGACCUCAUUGCCCAGCCCUCUUCCUGGCGCCACCAGAAUGUCCUUUCGGUCACGCAGUACACGCGCAGCGACCUGCACCACUUGUUCACCGUCGCGCAGGAGAUGCGUCGUGGUGUUCAGCGUGAAGGUGUUCUCAACCUCCUGCGCGGACGCCUCCUCUGCACUCUCUUCUACGAGCCCUCUACCCGCACGUCCGCUUCCUUUGACGCUGCGAUGCAGAGGCUUGGUGGCCGCACUGUGGUGAUCUCGACAUCUCACUCAUCGGUGCAGAAGGGCGAGACGCUGCAGGAUACUCUCCGUACUCUCGGUUGCUACGGCGAUGCAGUCGUGCUUCGACACCCCGAAGAGUCCAGCGUCGACGUUGCUCGCAAGUACGCCUCUGUUCCCGUCAUCAACGGCGGCAACGGCAGCAAGGAGCACCCGACGCAGGCGUUCCUGGACCUGUUCACGAUUCGUGAGGAGCUCGGAACCGUGCAGAACAUUACCAUCACCUUUAUCGGUGAUCUGCUGUACGGCCGCCCCGUGCACUCACUUGUCUAUCUCCUUCGUGACUACGGCGUGCGGGUGCAGCUCGUGUCGCCCAAGGGGCUCAGGCUUCCCGAGGAGGUCCGCAACUUCCUCGAACAGUCUGGCCAGCUGGCCUGUGAGUCGGAGGAGCUCACGGAGGAGAUUCUCUCCAAGAGCGACGUCCUCUACUGCACGCGCGUGCAGAAGGAGAGGUUUCCCUCGGUGGAGGAGUACGAGCGAGUCAAGAACUCGUACCGCAUCGACAACAAGACGCUGCGGUCGGCGAAGAAGGACAUGUGCAUCCUGCACCCCCUCCCCAGGAAUGAGGAGAUUGCGCAGGAGGUGGACACGGACCCGCGGGCGGCGUACUUCCGCCAAAUGCGUUACGGCCUGUACUGCCGCAUGGCUCUGCUUGCACUCGUUAUGGCGCCUUAG